AUGAAACUCAUAUACGAAGGGCAUCAUUUCAGAUUUACAUUCCGAAGAGGGCGGUAUUCAAUUUUCCAAUGCUGUUUUAAAGAAAAUAUGCAAGAAUGCAAGGUUCGUGUAGUCACUGACCAGAAACGCGUUUUCCCAUUGGAUGGAGAGCACGUCCAUUUCAUGCAGGCAACGGACAAAAGUGUAACCUCUAUGACCUUUGAACCUGCAGGCCUGUUCGAUGACGAUGAUAGUAAGGAACAAGAACAUAAUGCUGCCUAUGAAGAGGGAACUGAUUCUACCCAGUAAUGCAGCACGUUCGAAACUGCGGCCCACAAUUAUUUAUAAUUAGUCGGAAAGGUGGAACCUUACUUGCGAUAAACGAUUUUAUAUAUCGCUCGAAUUUAAAACGUUUCGGGAGAAAUAGCGACAAGGUAUACUGGGAAUGCAUUCACAAUCGUUCCAAGAAAUGUAGAAGUCGUUUGAAAACCAUUGGCGAUGAUCUUUAUGUAACAAAUGAUGUUCACAAUCACGUGGGUGAUGGUCAACGCAUUGCUGUGGCGAGACGCGCUGGUUUAUUAAUUUAUAAAAAAUUCAGUUCAAUCGGCCAAAAUGGGGGAAAGCUACAGGCUAAUCAAACAGUUGCUUUUUAAAGUCAGUUCAAUUAGACUUAAAGGAUUGGAGUAUAUAAAAUCUUUGAGUGAUAAACAGAAAUCGUAAAAAUUUAUUUAUUUUUUUUUUUUAAGGAAAAACGUAAAUAUUAAGGGCCGUUUACUGAAGUAGGUUUUA